CGGCGAGGGAGGCGGGAGUGAGAGUGGGGCGGAGUGAGGAGUGGAGGCGAGGGGCCGAGCAGAGAGGGGAGCUCCCCCAAGCCGCGCCGUCGACGAGCGGAGAGCAGAAGGAAGAAUAAAGGGGACCUGUGGUAUCCAGACAGGAACAGGUUGCCAAGGCGACGGCUCUGGCCAGAGCGAGGCGCAUUGACGUCAGCAGUCGGGCGCUGAUUGGUUGCAGCCGGGUCGUUUCCGGUGGAGCCGCCGCGGAGCCGCUACCGCAGAGUAGAGCGGGGCUGGGAGGGAAGCGCCCGGACAGCUCAGCCAGCCGCAGCCUCGCACCCGCUGUCCCGCGUCCGCCGCCGCCCGUGCCCAGACAGCCAUGGCCUCCGGCAGCACCGCCAGUGAUGAGGAGCGCAGCCUCCGCGAGUGCGAGCUCUACGUCCAGAAGCACAACAUCCAGGCGCUGCUCAAGGAUUCCAUCGUGCAGUUGUGCACUGCCCGGCCCGAGCGACCCAUGGCAUUCCUCAGGGAAUACUUCGAGAGGCUGGAGAAGGAGGAGGCAAAACAGAUUCAGAAUCUGCAGAAGGCGAGCGCCCGUGCAGAUUCGAGGGAGGAUGAGAUCUCUCCUCCACCACCCAACCCAGUGGUUAAGGGCCGGAGGCGACGAGGUGCCAUCAGUGCUGAAGUCUACACGGAGGAAGAUGCUGCGUCGUACGUUAGAAAGGUUAUACCAAAAGAUUAUAAGACAAUGGCUGCUUUAGCCAAAGCCAUUGAAAAGAAUGUGCUCUUUUCACAUCUUGAUGACAAUGAGAGAAGUGAUAUUUUCGAUGCCAUGUUUCCGGUUUCCUUUAUUGCCGGAGAGACCGUGAUUCAGCAAGGUGAUGAAGGGGAUAACUUCUAUGUGAUUGAUCAAGGAGAGAUGGAUGUCUAUGUCAACAACGAAUGGGCAACCAGCGUUGGGGAAGGAGGCAGCUUUGGGGAACUCGCUUUGAUCUAUGGAACGCCUAGAGCCGCCACUGUCAAAGCAAAGACGAAUGUGAAACUGUGGGGUAUCGACCGGGACAGCUACAGAAGAAUCCUCAUGGGAAGCACGCUGAGAAAGCGGAAGAUGUAUGAGGAGUUUCUUAGUAAAGUAUCUAUUUUAGAAUCUCUGGACAAGUGGGAACGUCUCACAGUCGCUGAUGCGUUGGAACCUGUUCAGUUUGAGGAUGGGCAGAAGAUUGUGGUGCAAGGUGAACCAGGGGACGAGUUCUUCAUUAUUUUAGAGGGCUCAGCUGCUGUGCUGCAACGUCGGUCAGAAAACGAAGAGUUUGUCGAAGUGGGAAGAUUGGGGCCUUCUGACUAUUUCGGUGAGAUCGCGCUCCUGAUGAACCGUCCUCGCGCUGCCACGGUGGUCGCUCGCGGCCCUUUGAAGUGCGUGAAGCUGGACCGACCCAGAUUUGAGCGCGUCCUCGGCCCGUGCUCAGAUAUCCUCAAGCGAAACAUCCAGCAGUACAACAGUUUUGUGUCGCUGUCUGUCUGAGACCCGCCUCCCGUGCCUCCCUGUCGUCCUGUCCCCGGUCCGUGCCUCCCUCGCGCAGACGGCUUUCCCCCCUCCUGGCAGCACGGCGGCUUUUCGUCUGUUUGUAUUCAAAGUCGCUUCUAUCGCACCGUUUUUCAUGUGGAGCGUUGACCGGAUGCCCCGACGCAGUUAAAUAAACAGAGUUCUGUGGA